AUGGACCGCCCCAGCGAGCAGCGCAGCACACCGUCGUGGCACUGGCCCGAGGCGGCGUCGUCGUCGUCUACCGUUCCCGGUAGCUAUGAGACUCAUUUCGACCGGCCGCCCAGCCCUGCUGCUGAAGCCGCUGGCAAUCCCAAUAAUAAUCAUAAUAACAACCCAAAAACCUACCCCUCCAGAACAUGCAGGAUAUGCUUAGAGACCGUUCCUCCCACGUAUCAUCCCGCGUCGGAGAACAUUCCUUCCUUCCUGCAAGCCGGCCCGCGUGUCAGCUACGACUCAGAAGACCCCUCACUCGGGCGCCUGAUCCGGCCCUGCAAGUGCAAGGGCUCGUCGCGGUAUGUCCAUGAGGGAUGCCUACGGCAAUGGAGGCACGCCGAUCCGGGCUACGGGCGGCGCAACUACUGGCAAUGCCCGACGUGCGGGUUUCAAUACCGGCUGGAGCGCAUGGCCUGGGGCCGAUGGAUUAGCAGCGCGUCGAGCCAGAUUCUCGUGACGGUGGUGAUAUUAAUGUUUGUUAUGUUUGCGCUGGGAUUUGUUGCUGACCCGAUCAUCAACCUCUACAUUGACCCCUAUGAUACCAUUAUUACGUCCACGGCCUUUUGGGAUAAGGACGCCGAUCCCCACAUUAUUGCGGUGGGAGGCGCUAAAACCUGGACAGAACAUUUCGUUAAAGGAUUGGCAUCCUUGGGAGUUUUGUCUUUCCUGAAGGUUGUGUUCGCCCUAUCGCCUUGGCAGUGGUGGAAUUUACGCAACUCAGGCCUGCUGGGAGGUGGCCGCGGGGGCCGCCGAGGCGGCGCGACCGGCAGAGAUAGGGUUGCGUCCAUUAGCUGGCUUGUUAUUGUUAUUGGCGUGGCCACAUUUCUUUGGGGUGUUUACAAGGGAGUUCGGGCGUGGAGCUGUCGGGUGUUGGAGAGUGCUGGGCAGCGCGUCAUGGAUGUUUCAUUAGACGAGGAUGAUGAUGAUGAUGAUGAUGACGACGAAGAUGCCGACCGGGACGGUGUCUCUCGUGGUCAAGACGAUUCCUCGAAAAAAGACGACUAG